UGUCCAUACAAACCUCAUUCGAUUCCACGUGAAAAUGGAGGCGAACCAUCUCCUCCAUCCCCUUCUCCCCCUCUCCGCCGCAGCCACCAACACCUUCGAAAAUAUUAAUGUUAAUGAUGAUCGCCUCAAAUCCAUCUCAUCAAAUUCCCACAUCAUUAUCCGGCUAUCCGCCGUCGUCUUCAUCGGAAUUCUCUCCGUCUGGGCCAACCACGAAGCCGCCAAAGGCUUCCAUCUCGCGGUCGAAAACCAACCACUCGCCUCGGCCGCCGGCCGCCGCUUCCAGCUCUUCUACGUCUCCAACGGCAAGGCUGCACGGUUGGUGCUCAAUGCAAGUAACUUCGUCGAAACCCUUCUUUAUCCUCCUCCAAAUAGUAAGAUGAAGAAGCAGGUCCGCCGUGUCACCCUCCGGCUCGCCGGCCGGAACCUGACUCAGAUCGCCGCCGUGGAAUCCGUCGAGGAGCAGGACUUUCUUAUCCAUCUGAGUCCGUCGGUGAUGGAGCAGAGGGACGUCGACAGCGCCAUGUUAAGGGCAUUGAGACAAGCCAUGGCUCGGGUUUGGCUCUAUCAUAAUAAUGCCCCCAGAUCUCUUGUAAACGGCAUGAUUGAGUACAUAACCGGGUUGCCAGGCUCGCCGGCGGUGGAACACUCCCGCGGUGGCGGCGGCGGCGGAUGUUGGAAGGACGACGACCCCACGGCAGUGGCACGCUUCUUGGACUACUGUGAGGAGAGAAAGAGGGGGUCCAUCCAACGGUUGAAUCAGGCCAUGGAAGGCAGUUGGCACGAUCGGACGGUGGACGAGGUGUUGGGCGAGCCGGCUCAGGACCUAUGCAAAUCGUACAUGUCUCGGCAGCACCUGGCGACAAGAGCACUGGAUUCUGGCCCAAUGGGAUUGGCAGCUUGGCACGGCGGGUUGGCUGCGUCCACGUUCUGAUAUUUUUAUUGGGUGCGGCCAUGUGCAAAAUGAGACGCAGCCUUGUGAUGGGCACAAGGUGGGGCCAGAGCUUCCCAUCACCACACAUGACUCACCACUUUAUCACCAUUGUCACAACCCAAAAGGGAAAAUAUUUGUAAAACUAAAAGAAAGGGUUUUAUUACGCGUUACGUAAUUAUAAUUUUCCUUAGUAUAGUAAUUAUUUGAAAUAAUGUCCUGAUACAUUAUGAUUAAGCACUUGACAUUAUUGACCAUUAUGCAAAAUAUCA